AUGAAGAAACAGGCGAUGCAAGACAACAAACCCCUGUGCAGAUUCGUCCGCCCUGAACGAGAUCCAACUCUGGAACCCCUACUCGACUCCUUCAAUGUCCAAGGUGAAGAACUAGACCCAUUACAGAGCUCAUACUUUCAAAACAUAACCGGUUUCAUUCACGGGAAGACCCAGUUCUACAACCUUACCUCCCCCGCUGUAACGCUCAAUGAUACCCUACCUUGGAGAGCGCAUGCAGAGAACUAUGUCGCCGGACUUAAUUUGACUGAAGCCACAGACAAGUGGGGCGAGUGGAAGUGGAACACUUCCACCAAAGCAGUGCUAAGUUUGGUGGAGAAGAAACCUUUGGGAAUGGACGAAAAGGUCAUCACGCAGAGCAACCUCGCAUUGGUCCACGGCCGCAUCGAACUCGUCGACACCGAUUCUAGCAAAGACAUCCACUUCGAAUUCGAAGGCGUACACUUCCUUUCCAAUGGCUCGAUUUAUGGUUUCGCCGAACCACCAGGACGUCGUAUCGAUAUUCGCCUGCUCCCCUCCCUCGUUCCUGAGGACUUUAGAAACGAGACUGCUGCGGUCAUCGCUCCCGAACUCAACGCUCGCAUUAACAAGUUGAAGAACCUCAUAGACGCCGGUGUUUUGGAUCAAGAUUCCAACUCAGACGAUCCGCCCAAGACGACGUGCCCAUUCAGUUUCUUUGCCCAUAUAAACCCGAUACCAGUUCCCGAGUUCCUGAUGGAAGAGCUGGAAGAGGAAAUCCAGAACCCCACGGGAUUAACCACGAUCUCUCCCCCAAAGCUCUCCAUCAACGGUGUACUUGUCAGUAAAGAGUGUGGAAUUCUGUAUACACUACACGAUACAGACGGCCUUCGAUCCCGUACCUUCUUCCGCAAAAUGACGACAUAUGCUGGGAUGAGUGGACUGUGCUAUCUUGCACUCCUCAUUUUAUUCUCGAGACAGCUAGAGCGGAGUCGCAACCCAUCGGGAAUCUCUCGAGCCUCCCGUUGGACAUUCCUCUCCCAAGCGACGAUGGAUUCCGUCUCGUUUGCCGGACAUAUCACUUUUGCUAUCAUUGCCGAAGGGAAGCCUUCGAUGUCCUUGACAGUGCCAGCAUUCCUUGCGUGCGUUUUGUUUUUACAGGAAGCGCAAUUCUUCGCACUCGUCAACCAAAUUCAAGGAUCAGAGACCUCCGUACUUACACCAGCAGCGACGAUUCCAACAGCGCCUCCACCCGCAGCUCCUUCGCCAUCACCGCAACCGCAACAACGAACACCCCACCCCCCACCACCCCCUCCUGGUCGCUCGUCCAGGGAAACGCCCGGCAGCCGUGAGACACCCACCAGCGGCAGGUUUCCGCGCGGUGGAGGACGUAUAUUAGGCACAGGCGCUCCUGAUCCAACUUCAAUUGGACCUUCCCCGUUCCCUAAUUUACUGCAAAUCGUACCGAAUGAAGGUGCACCACCCACAUACCCGCCCAACCGUCCUGCUCCUCCGCCUACCACAACGCCAGCCCCAGCCACGCUCGCAGCUACAAUUCCGACCACAACGCCCGCGCCGACACCGGCAACGCCUCCCGAUCCGUCCCCUGCCAUGGGGUUCAUUACGUUCUUCAUCCAACAUAUACGGAGAGAUCCACAGGCUCAACUAUGGAUAGGACUUUUUGUUUUCUUGGCCGUCAUUGUCCAGGUGAUCCUUUCACCGAUGCUCUCAAUGGUAUUCGUUGCGACGACCUAUUCCUUGGUCUGGCUACCCCAAAUCGUGCGAUCUGCGCGUCGGAACAGGACAAGCGGUCUUUCGAGGGAGUACAUCCUGGGUACGACGGCUUGUAGGCUGUUCAAUAUGCUGUCUCUAUCAGUUAUAUUCCAAGCGCUCCUGUUGAUACUGCAGGACACGAUCGGACCCUCGUUCUUCCUUCCCGAGCGGUUCAAAGCCACACAAGGUUACAACUAUCACCCACCAAUGCCCCUCCCCGACUCUGAAUCUCCCGAUCAAUCGCUCGGAGACUGCGCGAUCUGUAUGGAUGCUAUCCUCGUCGACCCUUCACUCCGUUCGAGGAAGUCAGAGUCGUUGGAUUCGGAGAAGAAAAGAGGUGCUAGUGGUAGCGGCAUGGCGGGUUCGAGUACAGGAGCUAACUCGAGGAUGGGGCUGUUCGGAGGGGUGGUCAAGAGCUCCAAUGCGAGGAAGAACUAUAGUUUGGCGCCUUGUUGUCAUUUAUUCCAUACGGAGUGUUUGGAGAAGUGGCUUGCUAUCAAGGUGAGUUGGCGUCGUGGACUAGCACGUGAAGGAAAGCUGACGUGCGUUUGGUAG